AUGUGGGAACACCACUCUGUCCGCCUCAAGGUGUUCUUUGCCUUCAAUGCUGUUGCAUUUGUCAUGUCCCUGCUCAUCAUUAUGCUGCUCCUAGACAAGCAGCUUGUCAUCCCACUGCUAGCCCGGGACAAGGUCCAGGAGGAUCAGAGCACAAGAAGAACCAGCCCAGUACGAACCUUAGCACUCAAAGUAUACAUCUUUAUCGCUCUUGUCGGUCUUGCUGGGGCUUACGCCACCGGAAGCAGCCGAGGAAGGAACACUACCAUCUGUGUGAGUAGUCUGGUUUUUGCUGUUCUUGCAUGUAUUGUUGUCCUCAAGGCGAUUAUAUCUCAUCGGUCAACUCACAGGUCAAGCAUCGGAGGAGCAAAGACGAGCACAGAAAGUGGAGAAAAGAACACAAGGAAUGGUGAAGGACAGACGAACACUAAAAGGAAUGGCGCCGGAGUACAGUCAAACAAAAGCAAUGCAGACAUUCUGGAGAAGGCUCAAUCUCUUGUUGUUCUGCUUUCCACUCUUGUAGCAACCGUGACAUACCAAGCAGGGCUGGUCCCGCCAGGUGGUGUUUGGCAGGACAACUCGAACGGACAUGAGGCCGGCGAUCCAAUACUCCUAUCCAUACAACCAGAGCGCUACAAGGUAUUCUUUUACUGCAACUCAAUAGCAUUAGCAGCAUCCUUGGUCACCAUCAUCUUGGUCCAGUACAAGCCUAUGCUCAGGCGCCACAUACUGGAGUGUGCCAUGAUACUGGAUCUGUUUGGCCUCAUUGGUGCAUACUCUGCUGGGAGCUGCCGAGAUGUGACCACAUCCGUUUAUGUCAUUGCCUUGGCUGGAGGUGUUCUUGUCUAUGUGGUUAUUCAUGUUGUAUUCUUCACACUUGAAGACGCAAACAUGGGAAAGAAAGACAUAGAUAAGGACAGAAACAGUGAGGACAAGAGGCGCAAGAGGUUGCUCCUUUUCGCUGUCUUGUGCACAACCCUUAGUUACCAAGCUGGGUUGACCCCACCAGGUGGGUUUCGGCUCAAGGAUGAUGAGUUUGGGCACCAUGCAGGCGACCCUGUCCUCUUUUACAAUUAUCCACGCCGUUACAAGGCAUUCUUCUACUGCAACUCGGUGAGCUUCAUGUCAUCCAUUGCUUUCAUUAUACUCCUUGUGAAUCCAAAUCUUUACAGGCCAGCCAUACGAAGCUAUGCUCUCUCAGUUUGCACUGGGGUAGGCAUGUUUGCUCUUAUAUGUGCCUAUGCUGCUGGAAGCACUCAGCACCUGAAAACAUCCAUCUAUAUCUUUGGGUUAGUGGCUUUAGUGCUCUUCAUUAUGAUGUUAGUGAUCAUAUAUCUCUAUUGGAGAGAUGUCAACAAAGGAAAGAAAGAUGAGGAAAAAGGAGACAACAUUACAGCUAAUUCUAUCGAGAACACAGAACAAGAAGAAAUAACCACAGAGUCUGCCAAGGAAGAGCAUAAAUCAAAAAAGAAGCAUGCCACACUCAAAUACUUGAUGCUGCUAGGAGUCUUGGCUGCAAGUGUUACUUACCAGGCUGGCCUCAACCCACCUGGGGGUGUGUGGCAGGGCAAUAGCAAUGGUCACGCAGCAGGUAACCCGGUUAUGCAUGACAACAGAAGACUCCGUUACCUCAUCUUCUUUUACAGCAAUUCUAUUUCGUUUCUGGCAUCCAUUGUUGUUAUCAUCCUGUUGCUGCCGGAGAAACUGCAAGAGAACUGGUCGCUUAAGGUGAUGAACAUAACGAUUGUGUUGGACUUGUUCGGCCUACUACUAGCCUACAUGGCUGGAUCAAGAAUGCGGUUAGAGUCUUCUGGAUACGUUAUCGUGUUUGUUAUAGCUGCACUAGGCGUUGCUGCAAUUCACAAGAUGUGGCCACUCGUUAGAAAAUAUUGGGAAAAGGAGAAAAGAAAUAAUGGUCAGCACUGACUGUUAGAUCAACAUGGAGAUAGUCAAGUUAGGGAGCUUAGAUGUUCUAUGUAUGCUUUGUAACUCCAUCCAUCCAUGAUUUCUUUGUUCACUGGGAUGCAUUUUGUACUUUCCAAUAUAUUAUCUGGCUAAAUCGGAUGCAAUCACGCUACUAGUCCAUUCAUA